UAAUUUUGAAGUUUGUAUCGUAAAUUCAGUAAAAUUUGCAACCAUAAAAUAUGAAAAUAUUCAUUGUGUUAAUAAUAUUAAUAGUCAUUUAUUCGUCUUCUUGUGAAGAAAUUGACCAAGGUUUUUGCGUUGUUUGUCAAGAUGAUAAUGUACCGUUAACAGUAAUUUUAAAUAAUUGCCGUCAUUCAAUUUGUAAUUACUGUGCUAAUGAAAUGGAAGCUCGUGAAGUUAAAAAUUGUCCACUUUGCAGAACAAAAAUAGAUAAAUAUGAAAACCUAGUUGAGCUCCCAAGAUGUAUUUGCAAAAAAGAACUUCCCUCUGUUGUCCUUUCUCCAUGUGGUCACCUUUUAGGAAACGAUUGUGCUAUUAAGUAUAAGGAAGAAGAAAUUCCGUGUCCUAACGAAUCAUGUGGGAAACACAUAGAGAAAUUCAAAGACUUGGUUGUUUUAAAGAAUUGUGAUCAAUGUGAUGAUGAACAGCUCACCGUAGUUCUUCAGCCAUGUGGCCACAUGUUAGGAAACAGAUGUGCCGUUAGCAAUAAAAAACUUGAUAAACCAUGUCCAUUUUGCAAUCAAAAUGUUUCAAAUUAUGAAGGAUUAUUCGAUUUUACUCUUGAUGACGAAGAAGAGAUGUUAUUUGAAAGCCUAAGUCGAGAAUUUGAUGGAUGGGAAACCUUACCUGAUGAUAUAUCAGAUUAUACAAGGCCUAGACACAAUCGAAAUAUUGACCAGGAACUGAGAAUUUAUCGAAUUAUGAGACAUCGAUUUUUCUUAUCUUAUAAUUCUCCCGGCGAAGGCGCCAAUGAGUUAAUCAGACGUUAUCGCGAUGAUGUAUCAAGACAACAUGCAAUUGACACUUUAAGAAAUGAAGAUGAAGAAAGAUCAAAUCGAGGUGAAGGAUCAGAAUUCCAAAAUAACUUCUUUUCUAGUAAAGAAAACAGCUCAAUUCAAUGGUACCAUAAAUGGACACGUCAUGCAUUUUUACGUAGUUUUAUUAAUUGUUUGAUAGGUCAUUAGUAAGUGUUUUAUUUUGGGAAUAUAAAUAUAAGCUUUAAAAAUUAA